UUGAUCUCCUCACAGCAAAGCAAAAAAGAAAAGCAAUGGGAUCGGUCGGAGACAUCUAUGAAGCUCAGCAUGCCGAGGGUCCAGCAACGGUGCUGGCCAUUGGCACUGCAAAUCCAUCCAACACCAUGUACCAGACUCAUUUCCCUGACUUCUACUUCAGAACCACCAAGAGUGAGAACAUGCCUGAGUUGAAGGAGAAGUUCAAACGUAUUUGUGAAAGAUCGACGAUUAGAAAACGCCACACCUUCCUUACCGAUGAAAUGAUUGCGGAGAACCCCUCAUUCUAUGAUCCAACACCUCCAUCACUUGAUGCCCGCCAAGAUAUUAUGGUGGCUGAAGUACCUAAGUUGGCCAUGGAAGCCGCAACCAAAGCAAUCAACGAGUGGGGACAACCCAAAUCAAAGAUCACUCACAUUGUAUUCACUACCAUUUCCGGUGUUGACGCACCGGGAGUCGACUUCCAGCUCAUUAAACUCCUUGGCCUUUCCCCAACUGUUCGACGUGUGAUGAUGUAUCAUCUUGGAUGUUACGGUGGUGGCUCUGUGCUCCGUGUUGCCAAAGACCUUGCCGAGAAUAACAAAGGUGCUCGUGUACUCGUUGUUUGCUCAGAGCUGAACUCCAUCAGUGGCUUCAAAGGACCCGAUGAGGCAGACUUGCAUGCCUUACUAGGGAUGGCAAUAUUUGCAGAUGGUGCAGCAGCUUUGGUAGUUGGUGCUGACCCUGACACCUCAAUUGAACAUCCAUUGUUCCAACUCUUCUCAGCAGGGACCCGGAUUCUCCCUGAUUCUGAAGAAAUGGUCGCUGGACACUUACGUCAAGCUGGUCUGUCAAUCAGUUUAACCAAAGAUGUGGCCAAAACUAUUGCUGCGAAUCUUGGGAAAUGCUUGGAGGAGUCAUUCACCAAAAUAGGCAUUAGUGAUUGGAACUCUAUUUUUUGGGUGAGUCAUCCUGGUGGGCCUGCAAUUUUGGAUUUGGUCCAAAAGACACUUGGCUUGAAGGAAGAUAAAUUGAAGUCAUCAAGGAAAGUGUUGAGUGAAUAUGGUAACAUGUCAAGUCCCACAGUAUUGUUCAUUAUGGAUGAGGUGCGAAGGAAGUCUAUGGAGGAAGGGAAAGCUACAACUGGUGAUGGGCUUGAAUGGGGUGUGUUGUUAGGGUUUGGACCAGGUCUUACUAUAGAGACGGUUGUGUUGCGUAGCGUCCCUACAACCUCAACUCAUAUUUUCAUCUUCGUUCUUCUUUCCGGUCUUUCACAGUUCUCCUCUUCCGAUCAACUCACAGCGAAGCCGAAAAAAAAAGCAAUGGGAUCGGUCGGAGAAAUCUAUCAAGCUCAGCAUGCCGAGGGUCCAGCAACUGUGUUGGCCAUUGGCACUGCAAAUCCAUCCAAUACUAUGUUCCAGACUGAUUUCCCUGAUUUCUACUUCAGAAACACUAAGAGUGAGAACAUGCUUGAGUUGAAGGAGAAGUUCAAACGUAUUUGUGAAAGAUCGACGAUUAGAAAACGCCACACCUUCCUUACUGAUGAAAUGAUCGCGGAGAAUCCCUCACUCUAUCAUCCAACAGCUCCAUCACUUGACGCCCGCCAAGAUAUUAUGGUGGCUGAGGUACCUAAGUUGGCCAUGGAAGCCGCAACCAAAGCUAUCAACGAGUGGGGACAACCCAAAUCGAAGAUCACUCACAUUGUAUUCACUACCAUUUCCGGUGUUGACGCCCCAGGAGUCGACUUCCAGCUUAUUAAACUCCUUGGCCUUUCCCCAACUGUUCGACGUGUGAUGAUGUAUCAUCUUGGAUGCUAUGGUGGUGGCUCUGUGCUCCGUGUUGCCAAAGACCUUGCCGAGAAUAACAAAGGUGCUCGUGUACUUGUUGUUUGUUCAGAGCUGAACUCCAUCAGUGGCUUCAAAGGACCCGAUGAGGCAGACUUGCAUGCCCUACUAGGGAUGGCAAUAUUUGCAGAUGGUGCAGCAGCUUUGGUAGUUGGUGCUGACCCUGACACCUCCAUCGAACGUCCAUUGUUCCAACUCUUCUCAGCAGGAACCCGGAUUCUCCCUGAUUCAGAAGAAAUGGUCGCCGGACACUUGCGUCAAACAGGUCUUUCAAUCAGUUUAACCAAGGAUGUGGCCAAAACUAUUGCUGCAAAUCUUGAGAAAUGCUUGGAAGAAUCAUUCACCAAAAUAGGGAUUAGUGAUUGGAACUCUAUUUUUUGGGUAAGUCACCCUGGUGGGCCUGCAAUUUUGGACUUGGUCCAAAAGACACUUGGCUUGAAAGAAGAUAAACUGAAGUCAUCAAGGAAAGUGCUGAGUGAAUAUGGUAACAUGUCAAGUCCCACAGUAUUGUUCAUUAUGGAUGAGGUGAGAAGGAAGUCUAAGGAGGAAGGGAAAGCUACAACUGGUGAUGGGCUUGAUUGGGGUGUGCUAUUAGGGUUUGGACCAGGUCUUACUAUAGAGACGGUUGUGUUGCGUAGCGUACCUAUAACUUCAGCUCAUUGAGUAAACGUUAAGUGGCCUACAAAAUCGAAGGCUUGUGAGCAGUC